UAUAUAUAUACAGAGAACCUCCUGCCUUUGUUUCCGCAAUAUACAUACAUCUCUCAUUCUCUCACGAAAUAAAAAUAAACACACAAACCUGGUAAUGAAGAAACCAAUACAAAACCUAUAAACGCAGCGUUUUAUCAAAACACGACAGGAUCAAUCGACCAUGGCUUCUACUUCUUCUGCUUCGAGACCCCAUCUUAAAUCUCUAUCAUUCUCCUCUUCGUCAACACUCAGAAACAAGAAACCAACCCCUUGCUCUGUUUCUUACCCCGUCAACAAAACAUUUCCCAUCUCCUCGUCUCUCCAACCUCCGGCUACGUAUAAACCAAUUUCUUGGAAGAAACUAUGUAAAGACGUCGCAUCCUUGAUCCCUAACACGACGAACCAAGCACAGAGAACCGCCGCUACGAUUUUAAACGCGGUGGAGAACGCCAUGGUCUCCUACGAGCGCCGCCAUCAUCCGCUCCCUAAAACGGCUGACCCCGCCGUACAAAUAGCCGGAAACUUCUUCCCGGUCCCGGAGCAACCAGUCCAACAUAACCUUCCGGUGACCGGAACGUUGCCAGAGUGUAUUCAAGGAGUUUACGUCAGAAACGGAGCCAACCCGCUUCACAAACCAAUCUCCGGCCACCAUUUAUUCGAUGGAGACGGUAUGGUACACGCUGUCCGGUUCAAUAACGGUUCAGUUAGCUAUUCUUGCCGGUUCACCGAAACAAACCGGUUGGUUCAAGAGCGAGAACUCGGUCGAUCUAUCUUCCCCAAAGCAAUUGGAGAGCUUCACGGACACUUGGGUAUCGCCAAGCUCAUGCUCUUCAACGCCCGAGGGCUAUCCGGGUUAAUCGACACGACCCGCGGACUCGGUGUGGCUAAUACCGGUUUAAUCUAUUUCAACGGUUAUCUCUUAGCCAUGUCAGAAGACGAUUUACCAUACCAUGUAAUAAUCACCCAAACCGGAGAUUUAAGAACUUCGGGUCGGUACGAUUUCAACGGUCAGCUCAAAACCACAAUGAUCGCCCACCCGAAACUCGACCCGGAAACCGGAGAACUAUUCGCUCUCAGCUACGACGUCGUAUCAAAGCCUUACUUAAAAUACUUCAGGUUCACGUCCAACGGUGAGAAAUCUCCAGACGUCGAGAUUCCACUUGAUGAACCGACGAUGAUCCACGACUUCGCGAUCACUGAGAACUUCGUGGUGAUUCCAGACCAACAAGUGGUGUUCAGAUUAGCCGAGAUGGUCAGAGGUGUCUCUCCUGUGGUUUACGACAAAGAGAAGAGAUCAAGAUUUGGUGUUUUGAACAAAUACGAUAAAGAUGCCUCGUUAAUUCUAUGGAUCGAAGUGCCUGAUUGCUUCUGUUUCCAUCUCUGGAACGCUUGGGAGGAGCCAGACACAGACGAGGUUGUCGUGGUAGGGUCAUGCAUGACGCCACCUGACUCAGUUUUCAAAGAACACGACGAAACACUUCAGAGUGUUUUGUCGGAGAUAAGACUAAACCUGAAAACAGGGGAAUCUACACGUCGACCGGUUAUUAUCUCCGAAGAAUUAAAUCUUGAAGCUGGUAUGGUAAACCGGAAUCUUUUAGGUAGAAAAACCCGGUUUGCUUACCUUGCUAUAACCGAACCGUGGCCUAAAGUGUCCGGUUUUGCUAAAGUGGACUUAUCGACCGGAGAUGUUCAAAAAUAUGUUUACGGAGAUGGAAAAUACGGAGGAGAGCCUCUGUUUCUGCCAGAGGUUUCUGGUUAUGGAGAAGACUGUGGUUACAUUAUGGUGUUUGUUCACGACGAGGAGAAAGUGAAAUCGGAGCUACAGAUCAUUAACGCCGUGAGUAUGAAGCUUGAAGCUACGGUUACGCUUCCUUCGAGAGUGCCUUACGGUUUCCAUGGAACGUUCAUGAGUAAUGAUGAUUUAAUGAAGCAAGCUUUGUGUUAAUUCACAUUUUGACAAAAAAAAAAGCUUUGUGUUAAUCUCACAUUUUUAUUUAUUUAGGGUUUUGCAAAUGUUACAGUCUACAUAACGAGAGAGGUGUUGCAUGAGGGAUUGUCAUGCAUUAGUCCCAGGCUCGUAUCUCUUAAUUACAAGCUGACAAAAAUAGAAAGAGUUACGUACAUUGUAAAAACGCCGUAUUACUUCUGAAAAGUUUGAUUAUGUAAGUAAUAUAAUGUUGAGUGAUUAUGGUAUUAAAAAUGAUUAAUAAGGGGGGAACAAUAUUUUUGUGCGGACUGAAGAAAAUGCAAUUAAUACAAUUUACUUCAACUAUAAACUAAAAUAAUUAUGUAACUUUUAGAUUUUGAAUGAUUCAUAUUUUAGAUUUUGCUUUUGUAUUUGAAAAUUUGAUGUUUUAAAUAUAAUUAAUGCAUUUGUUUUUAAAAUUAAAACAUAAAUUAAAAUAUAAAAAUAUAAAUAGUAAAACUUUAUUGGUAAAACCAAAUAAAAAGUACAUAGUUAAUUUUUUUUUAAUAUGUGUGAAAAAUUUAAAAUAUCAAUUUUUUAUGUAGUGUUAUUUGGAAAAAUUGCAAUCGUGUACUCUCCACCAAGAAGGUGUGUAUUUAUAUAAACUAUACCGAGGCUGUUUUCCUAAUUGAUAAGAAAUGUAAGGUUAUAUAGUGUACAGCCCCGUUUAGAAAAAAAUUAAGCAUAACCAGUUUUAUGAAGAAAAACCACUCAUACAAUUUGUUCAAUUUUUUUUUUUCUGAAAAAGAUCUUUCAUAUUAAAAUUGCUGUAACAAAACAAGCUAUGAUAUAUCAUUUUAUACAGAAGAGACUAAGGCUACCCGCAUCGGUCAGCUCUUGCCACCGUCCUAAGCAAUCAUCUAAAAUAUUUUAAGAGAAGGGCUGUUUUUUUUUUGGUAAAAUGUUAAAGGAUAUGGUCUGUUCUCUUGAAACGACAAUGGUAUUUGCAACCUCUAACAGUGGUCCAUUGCAUAUCUUGAACUUUCUAGCUAAAAUAUUACAGCAAACUCGACUGUCUAGCUAGAGACAUUUAUUUGAAAUUUUUCUCUAUACAAUAGGAAAAUGUAUUUGAUAUUUCUAUCAAAAAUAAAAAUAAAAAAUAUAUAACUAUAUUUGAAGGGAGUUAAAA